GCAGCGACGACAAGGACCGAGAGGAGGAGACGAGGGCGCCGGGCAGGGCAGGGCAGGGUGCCGGGGGAUCCCGAGCGACGGCGGACGAUGAACAAGCUCUACAUCGGCAACCUGAGCCCCGCAGUCACCGCCGACGACCUCCGGCAACUCUUUGGGGACAGGAAGCUGCCCCUGACCGGCCCCGUGCUGCUCAAGACCGGUUACGCUUUCGUGGACUAUCCGGACCAGAACUGGGCCAUCCGCGCCAUCGAGACCCUGUCGGGUAAAGUGGAAUUACAUGGGAAGGUCAUGGAAGUUGAUUAUUCCGUCCCUAAAAAACUGAGGAGCAGGAAACUUCAGAUCCGGAACAUCCCUCCGCACCUGCAGUGGGAGGUACUAGACGGACUUCUGGCUCAGUAUGGGACAGUAGAGAACGUGGAACAAGUUAACACAGACACAGAGGCCGCCGUUGUCAACGUCACCUACGCCAGCCGGGAGGAGGCCCGAGGAGCCAUCGAGAAGCUCAGCGGCCAUCAGUUUGAGAACUACUCCUUCCGGAUCUCCUACAUCCCGGAUGAGGACGGGAACGCCCCCCCGAGGUCCCGCCGCGGGGACUACUCCUCCAGGGAGCACGGCCACAGCCCCGGGGGCCCCGCCCACACCAAGCAGCUGGACUUCCCGCUCCGGAUCCUCGUCCCCACCCAGUUUGUGGGCGCCAUCAUAGGAAAGGAGGGCCUGACCAUUAAGAACCUCACGAAGCAGACCCAGUCCAAGGUGGACAUCCACAGGAAGGAGAACGCGGGCGCCUCGGAGAAGCCCGUGACCAUCCACGCCAGCCCCGAGGGCGCCAGCGAGGCUUGUCGGAUGAUCCUGGAAAUCAUGCAGAAAGAAGCCGACGAGACCAAAGCAAUGGAGGAAAUCCCUCUGAAGAUCCUGGCCCACAACAGCCUGGUUGGGAGGCUGAUCGGCAAAGAAGGGCGGAACCUGAAGAAGAUCGAGCAGGACACGGGCACCAAGAUCACCAUCUCGCCUCUGCAGGAUCUGACCAUCUACAACCCGGAGAGAACCAUCACGGUCAAGGGGCCCAUCGAGGCGUGCUCCUCCGCCGAGGCGGAGAUCAUGAGGAAGCUCCGCGAGGCCUUUGAGAAUGACAUGGCCACCGUGAACCAACAGGGCCACCUGAUCCCGGGACUGAACCUCAGCGCCCUCGGCAUCUUCUCCACGGGCCUGUCCAUGCUCCCUUCGGCCGCCGGGCCCCGGGGAGCCGCCGCCGCCUCCUACAGCCCCUUCGCUAGUCCCUCCGCCUACCUCUCGGGCCUGUACGGAGCCCCCCAGAUCGGCGUAUUCCCACACCAGCACCCUGUGCCCGAGCAGGAGGUGGUGUACCUGUUCAUCCCCACGCAAGCUGUUGGCGCCAUCAUUGGCAAGAAGGGCCAUCACAUCAAGCAGCUGGCCAGGUUCGCUGGGGCCUCCAUCAAGAUCGCCCCCCCGGAAGGACCCGAGGCCAGCGAGAGGAUGGUCAUCAUCACCGGACCCCCUGAAGCCCAGUUCAAGGCUCAGGGGCGGAUCUUCGGGAAGCUGAAGGAGGAGAACUUCUUUAACCCCAAGGAGGAGGUCAAGCUCAAGGCCCACAUCCGAGUGCCCUCCUCGGCCGCCGGCCGCGUGAUCGGCAAGGGGGGCAAGACGGUGAACGAACUGCAAAACUUGACCAGCGCGGAAGUCAUCGUGCCUCGCGACCAGACGCCCGACGAGAACGAGGAGGUGAUCGUCAAGAUCAUCGGCCACUUUUUUGCCAGCCAGACGGCCCAGCGCAAGAUCAGGGAGAUCGUGCAGCAGGCGAAGCAGCAGGAGCAGAAGCAUCCUCAGGGAGCCGGGCCCUCGGCGCCGGCGCCGCAGCGCGCCAAGUGAGCGGCUGCCCCGGGCGCGCGCCGGCCAAGCCACCCCGGAUGAAUGUCGCCUUUCCCGUGCCGGACGGAACGAGACCCAACCCAGAGGGACCGGGGAGCGAACCAAAGACCAUCCUGAGGAACAGCGCGGCCGCCCCCGCCGGGACUGGGCAGAAACCUUGAUCAAGCUGGCCCCGGGGACAAGGUGGGAUCAGGCGCCCGGGAUCGUCCCGAGGCUGGACCCUAGUGUGCCCGAGCACCCCCUUUGGCCCUCCCCCAAACACGCGCACACACGCACACACACAUACGCAAGCGCACCGGGCGGGGCCCCGGCCCAGCUGCCCCCGGGGUUUCUGCCAGCUUCACCCCCUUUGCCCAUCCGAUCGAACUCCCCGACUCGGUCCCUUAAGUUGGACUAACACAGACGGCCGCAUUCACGAGGCUCACGCUCGCCCGGUUUGGGGGAGAAACAGUUGGUUCUGUACGUCCCGUGUGUCCCCCACGGGGCCGAGAAGGAUUUGUCUGACGGGCGCUGCCCGGCGUGCCCACGGCAUUAAUACAUUGUAGAAACGCUAUCUAUAUCUCUCGAUAACUCAACUAACUCGAAUUUAAGAAGAAACGAUUAACUUUUGUUUCCUUUGGAAGAGAAAGCAGGCUUCUGGAGUUGGACGCCCGGCCAGCACAGAAACCGUGGGGAUGGGGGAGGGGGCUUGGCCAGGCAAGGUACUAAGCGCCCGGCACAGCCGGGGCUCGCCUGGAUGCGCCGACACAAGGGAUCCGCUCCCUUCAUCUGUACCCGGCUCACGUGUUCUUUCCUCCUUUUGCUUCACAGGUUCUAAAGUGGUUUUGCAUACAGCCAUGUCCUUUUGUCCCUGGCCCAGCUGUGCAGGCCCUCCUCCCCUUUCCCUGCAGUCUCUCUUCCUCCUCCUCCUCUCUCCACACCCCCAGGCAAAGCAGUGCUCAGAGUAACACAUCAGAGAACCAGAAAUCUCAAACAGCCACAACUUGCAUUUAGGCCAUUGAAUAAUAGGAAACAAGCUCCAAGGUACUUGUCCCAGGGAUCCUCAAAAAGGAAAACAAAUCCCACUCAGAAAAUAAAACAACUCGCGUCUUUUUUCCGUGUUCCUUUAGGCCGGAGCCAUCCGUGCGCGGGGAAGUGAUUUUCUUUUCUUACAAACAAAACAAAUCGAAAACGAGUGGGGAAGAAAACGAGAAAAUUGUCAGAAGUUGUUGGCCCAGGGCAUAGAUAAAUUGCAAAUUGAAAAAAAGAAAAAUUUUUUUUCAAAGAAAAAACAAACAAAAAAAAAUCUACCUCAGGUGUUAUUGUACCUCAGCACCUUGAUCUCCCGUCUCCCCUUUUAGAGAUUUUGUAUGCCUUGUAAACUGAGAGUUGGAGCACUUUUUUUUUUAUUUUUUUAAUAAAAUUAAGUUGGAAAAAAACUAGCUGCCAUCUGGGAGGUGAGAUCCAGGUGUGCGCCAACCAUUCUCAGCUGGAGCCCGUGGCCUUCCCGAGGGCAGACCUUGAAAAUGUUGAUUGGAGGAAAAAAAUAAAUGAUUCAAAGAAAAAAGCAGGGAAAGGAAGGAUUGACGAGGCCCGAGCGUUCUUGGGGGACGGGCCACGAGGGUUUUCCGCGCUCAAGGAGCAACAUGUUACUGGUUUGUGUGAAAUUGCCAAUGUGCCAAUAGACUGCAAUGCCAGUUUCCUCUACUGCAAAGUGUUCUGUGAAAAAAAAAAACCCAAAACACCAAAAAAAAAAAAAAAAAAAAACCCAGCAAAAAGCAAGAAAUAUAUCCAGCUAACAAGA